AUGUGGAUAUUUUCCUGGCUUUGUGCUUUUUUAAUUAUAUUGACUAUUGCUGGUGUAGACACGGUAGGAAAGACCACAUCAUAUGCCAAAUUCACGAAGAAAUCUGAGGGGAAGGAGAUGCUGAAGGGUCUAGAGUCAUCUGGUGGCUCCCCUCAGGACCAAGAGAAAGCCCUCCUCACAGAAACGGCUACUAUGACAGAGCCCACCGCUGACCCCUCUGCUCUGGAUUCUGCUUUGGCCAGUGCCACCCUCCUUCCCUUUGAAAACUUCUCUUUUGACACAGCAGAUUUCCUUUUGAAUUGCUGCCAUUGUUGUUCAUUUGUUUCUGGGCAGAAAGGAGAACUCGGAAAGACUGGGAAGCCAGGUCCUAAAGGAGAGGCUGGUGAUAUUGGCGUCUCAGGGCCCCCAGGAAUCACUGGACCCCAAGGCCCCAAAGGCCAGAAAGGAGAGAAGGGACUAAAGGGCGGACGUGGGGACCAAGGAACAGGUGGAGUUCCAGGAUAUCCAGGAAAGCCUGGAGAGCAAGGUAGACUUGGUGCUAAGGGCGAUAAAGGAAGCAUCGGCCUGGAGGGACCGAAAGGACAAAAAGGCUCCAAGGGGGACCCAUGUGGGAACGCCACCAAAGGAGAGAAAGGGGAUACUGGGGCUGCAGGUGCCCAUGGCUUCAACGGCGAGUCUGGGGCCAAGGGCGAGAAGGGGGAUGUUGGGGACAAAGGCUACCGUGGAGAUUCUGGAGAAAGGGGAGGAAAAGGGCAAAAAGGCGAGGAAGGGAUGAAAGGAGAAAAAGGAGGCAGAGGAGACCCUGGGGCUGACGGCAAGAAGGGCUCAGAUGGUCUGCCAGGAGUUAGUGGUGAACCCGGCCUUAAAGGAGAAAAAGGAGAGGUAGGUUCACCUGGUCUCAUGGGACCUGCUGGACCAAAGGGCGAGCUUGGGAGCAAAGGGGUCCGAGGACCUACUGGAAAGAAGGGCUCCCGAGGUUUUAAGGGCUCUAAGGGCGAAGCGACUCAAAUCCUGCAGUCAGCUUUCAGCGCCCUUUUGUCCAAGCCUUUCCCGCCCCCUAACAGUCCUAUCAAGUUUGACAAAGUUCUCUCCAACGACCAAGGGGAUUAUAGCCCCAUCACUGGGAAAUUUAACUGCAGCAUUCCUGGGACCUAUGUUUUUUCCUACCAUGUCACUGUGAGAGGGCGACCUGCUCGGAUCAGCCUGGUGGUGCGCAACAAGAAGCAGUUCAAGUCCAGAGAGACACUCUAUGGUCAAGAGGUAGACCAGGCUUCUCUCCUCCUCAUCUUGAAAUUAAGUGCAGGAGAUCAAGUGUGGCUGGAAGUGUCAAAGGACUGGAACGGACUGUAUGUCAGCCCUGAGGAUGACAGUGUUUUUACUGGAUUCCUUUUGUACCCAGAAGAAACUCUUGGAAUGUCACCAUAA